AUGAAAGGAAUGCACUUUAAAGUUUUGUCAGAAAGUUUUUUCGACAAACAAAAUAUAAGAUCAGUGUUAAAUAACAUAUUCAUAUAUUCUAUCAUUAUUGGAUCUUGCUUCAUAAAAAUCCCACAAUUAUCUAAAAUUGUUUCGAAGAAAAAUGUAUCUGGUCUCUCAUUUGUGUCUGUAUAUUUAGAGACCCUGGUAGCCACUUCUUUAAUAGUAUUUUCAAUAAAAGAAAAGCUGAACAUUAAACUCUUCAUCGAUGUUAUUUUGAUAAAUACCCAAAACAUUUUAAUUAUCCUAUUAAUGUGGAAAUACAGCUAUAAAUACUCCAAACGUAUUAAAUUUUUAAAAGCUGUCCUUUAUGUGUUUUUCUUUUUGUUUUUGCUUUUUGUGCUUCCCGAUGCCUUAGCUCACCUUCUUGGAUUUGUUUCUGCACCAUUAAGUUGUUUCUCAAAAAUACCACAAAUUUAUAUAAAUUACAAAAAUCAGAAUACAGGCACUUUGUCUUUUGUCACUUGUUUUUUAAUUUUCUGCGGAAAUUUAGCAAGAAUAUAUGUUAUACUAUACAAUCUUAACAAUCGGAUUUAUUUAAUACUAUAUUACUGGAAGAACACAAAGAAAAUCUCAGCAAAAAAUGACAAGAAAAAACAAUUAUGA